AUGCGGGGUCUCGUACAAUUCAUCGCGGAUCUUAGGAAUGCAAGAGCCAGAGAGCUUGAAGAAAAAAGAAUCAAUAAGGAACUGGCAAAUAUAAGUGGUUACCAUAAGAAGAAAUACGUUUGCAAGCUCUUAUACAUAUACAUCCUUGGGUGGAAUGUCGACUUUGGCCAUCUCGAAGCAGUUAAUCUUAUAUCUGCGACUAAAUACUCGGAAAAGCAAAUUGGAUACCUGGCGAUGACCCUGUUCCUUCAUGAAGGACACGAAUUGAUACACUUGGUUGUGAACAGCAUUAGGAAAGACUUGACGGAUCACAAUGAAUUAUUUAACUGCUUGGCAUUGCAUGCCAUUGCCAAUGUGGGUGGAAGAGAAAUGGGAGAGGCGUUGAGCGGGGAGGUCCAUAGGCUCUUGAUAUCACCCAGGACAUCCAAACCGUUUGUCAAAAAGAAGGCAGCGUUGACUCUUCUUCGGCUCUAUCGAAAACACCCCGAUAUAGUGCAAGCGCAAUGGGCGGAACGAAUUAUAUCUUUAAUGGACGAUGUUGACAUUGGUGUUGCUCUCUCGGUCACCUCGCUCGUUAUGGCUCUUGCUCAAGAUAAUCCUGAGCAAUACAAAGGAUGUUAUGUUAAAGCUGCAGCAAGAAUCAAGAGAAUAGUCGUGGAUGAAGAAUUCGGCCAAGACUAUCUUUAUUACAAAGUGCCGUGCCCAUGGCUACAGAUGAAACUUUUAAGAUUGUUACAAUAUUAUCCCGCAUCAGAGGACAUACAUGUGAGAGACUUGAUUCGGAAAUCCAUACAAAGAAUCCUGGAUGAUGCGUCCGAUAUGCCUAAAAAUGUUCAGCAAAACAACGCACAAAAUGCGGUUUUGUUUGAGGCCAUCAAUCUUGUCAUUCACCUCGACACCGAAGUGGAUCUGAUGAGACAGAUCUCAAUAAGACUCGGGAAGUUCAUCCAAUCACGGGAAACAAAUGUUCGAUAUCUUGGCUUGGAAGCCAUGACACAUUUGGCUGCAAGGGCUGAUGUCCUAGAUCCAAUUAAGCAGCAUCAGGCGAUUAUUAUUGGAUCCCUAAAAGAUAGAGAUAUUAGUGUGCGGAGGAAAGGUUUGGAUUUACUAUACAGUAUGUGUGAUCAAACCAACGCACAACCCAUUGUUGGCGAGCUCUUGCAAUAUCUUCAAAAUGCAGAUUUUGCCAUCCGAGAAGAAAUGGUUUUGAAAAUUGCCAUUUUGACCGAGAAAUAUGCCACUGACAUUCAGUGGUAUGUUGACAUAUCAUUGCGACUUAUUGCAAUGGCCGGUGAUCAUGUUAGUGACGAAGUUUGGCACCGAGUCAUUCAAAUCGUCACAAAUAACGAAGAGCUCCAAGUUUAUGCAGCGCAGAAUAUUUUACAGUAUGUAAAAGCAGACCACUGUCACGAGACACUUGUGAAAAUCGGAGGAUACAUACUUGGCGAAUUCGGCCACUUGAUUGCAGAGGAUAAAGGUUGUAGCCCAAUCGAGCAGUACCUUGCAUUACAGGGCAAACUGCAAGGUUGCUCAUCCAGUACAAGAGCAAUCAUCCUAUCAUCUUUUAUCAAAUUUGUCAAUCUUUUCCCAGAGAUUAAACCUAGACUUAUGUAUGUGUUCCAAGCAUACAGUCAUACCUUGGAUUCCGAACUUCAGCAAAGAGCUUGUGAAUAUUUGGCGUUAGCAAGCCUACCAACCGAUGAUCUACUUCGAACGGUCUGCGAUGAAAUGCCACCUUUCCCAGAACGUCAAUCAGCAUUACUUUCGCGGCUACACCAAAAGCAUGCUGGUACGAGUGAUAAGCGGACUUGGAUUGUGGGAGGUAAAGAUGCCAAUGCUAAUGAGAAAGAUUUUGUGGUUGCCAAGAACCCAGGUCUAAAGCGUACUUUUAGCACAAACGGAGCAAUAGCCAAUGCCACUGGAGCUAACGGGGGUACUAAUGGUACGAACGGGCACACCAAUGGCUCGGGCAACGACCUUGCCGGAUUAAAUCUCAUGGAUCAAGGUCCGUCGGAGCCAAAAACCCUGAAAGCGCCAAACCUCGCAAGCGCGGCCCAUCUUUCACCAGAUUGGGAAAUCGGAUAUAAUAAACUACUUCUAAAAGCGGAGGGUGUACUUUACGAAGAUGGGCAAAUUCAAAUUGGAGUGCGAUCCGAAUAUCGUGGCCAGAUGGCAUGCGUCAUUUUAUACUUCUCCAACAAAUCCCCGUCCUCUGUCAGUUCGUUCACCACAACACUCGAUCUCGAACCGAGCGAGAAGGAGAACUUAACAUGGGAGGUAAAAGGUUUACCAGAAAGCACAAUUCAACAAGGUGCACAAAGUCAACAAAUGAUAAUGUUUGAAUCGAGAAAGGUAUUUGAAAAAAGUCCAACGAUUAGGAUCAGUUACUUGGCUGGGGCUCUCCAAGCUUUGACACUGAAGCUUCCAAUCACCAUACACAAAUUCAUGGACCCAGCAGAAUUAUCAGCAGACGACUUCUUCAAACGUUGGAAGCAAAUCGGAGGAGCACCACGUGAGGCUCAACGCAUAUUUGGCGUUAAGGGUGGUAAGGGCGGAAUUCGUGAAUUCACUGAUGGAUUUGUUCGAAGGACCAUAGAUGGCUUUAGAUGGGGCAUUCUGGAUGGGGUAGAUCCUAACAGGAAGAACUUCGUUGGUGCCAGUGUGCUGCAUACUGGCGAGGGAGGCAAGUUUGGAUGUUUGUUGAGAUUGGAGCCGAAUUAUGGGACUCAGGUUUAA